UGAUCCAAAAAACAAGUGACACUUAAACAGCACAAAAAGGUUUUUCUUUUUGAUAAUUUCGAUGAAAAUAAAAAAAAAAAACUACUAAUGGAUUAUAAUUUACUAAAGUUUUUGAAUUUAGAUUUCAAGUAGAAAGGAGUGGAAUUUUGAUUGUGAAGUCCAAGCUUGUGUAUUAAAAGAAAAAGAAUAGUGGAGUAAAUUGAGUUGCCAUUAUGGGCGGGUAAGGGCUGUUUCUUUCUCCUCCAUCUCUGCUCCACACCCUCAAGUAAACACAAGCGUACAGACAAAUUUAUUCUUCUCUUCUCUCUUCUUUAUUCUUUCUCUCUUUCUUUUCAAUAUUUUUUCUUAUUGUUCUACUAAGCAUUGAUUCUUUCUUUCUUUUUCUCUCUCUCUUUUAAUUAAUCAUUGAUUAGGCAGCUCUCUCUCUUUCUCUCUCAAUCUUUUCCAAGAAAGGAACUGGGUUGUCUUCUGCAAUUUUUCCUUCAUCAUAUCGUAAAGUGAAGCUGAGCAUCAAACCUUGUUGGUAGGAUCAAUGGAAGCAAGAUAUAACUUUUUGGGUUUUGCAAUUAGAACAAAUUAAGCAGAUGUUACUGACUUAGUUGCGCAGAAAGCGAGGAAAAGAUCUUUUACUUCCUUCAGUACUAUUCAUAGCUUUGAAUUUUCCCGAAGAAGUUUUCCGUUUAGCAGUCAAGUAGAAAUCUAGUACUACCCUUAUUUCAUUGGGUUUCAGUGACAGUUAGCAGCUUCAUUUGUUGUGAAAAUAAAGAAUCCUGCUUGAUUUGCUGAUAUGCAGAAUGCUGCUACCCUGCCCACCUAAUCUGUGUUAUGCCUGUUGUUUGACGUUAGCUGUUCCCAUUGUUUGCUACUUUUGAAUAAAAAUUCAAAUCAUGAUCUAUGUUGCUAAAGAAUUUGAUGGAAGACAAACAACUGGAUUUUAAUCAGCCACUUCUCUCUGUGAGGCGUUUCACAUCACCAGGAGCCGCAUCUGAAUCUGAGGGCAAAAGGAAAUCUGAUACUUCACUCCCCAAGAUACCCCGUCCACCCAUUUACAAAUCAGAAUUGAAAUCAGGACCAGUAAGGAAUCCUGGAACAGUUCCUUUUGUAUGGGAGAAAACCCCAGGACGACCAAAGGAAGAAAGCAAUUCACAAACUCAGGCUCUUAAACAGCUCUGCUUGCCCCAAGGCUUCCACCUGGGAGGAUUUUGAAUGAAGCAGCAUUCUUCAAGAAAUGGGUCUGGUGGUAAAACAUUUACUCCAUCUCAAACAGGAACUGUCCCUUCCUGUUCUCAAAAUGUUUCAUCUUUGAAGAGGAAUGAAGCUAAAUACGAGAGUUCCGGUGGAGAUAUGGAGGAGACAGGGAGCUCUGGCUCAAAGGAUAGUGAUGAGGCAUAUGUAGAUGCGCUUGAUACACUUUCACGAACAGAGUCAUUCUUCUUGAACUGUAGUAUUAGCGGUGUGAGUGGGUUCGAUGGUCCUGAGGUCAAACCAUCUGGGAUCUUCUCAACAGAUCCGCAAACUCGGGAUAUCAUGAUGGGUCGUUUUUUGCCUGCGGCAAAGGCAGUAGCAUCAGAAAUACCUCCAUACGCUUCUAGGAAGCAACCUGUAGCACGAGAGCCACAGAGACAGGUAAAGAAGGUAGUCAUUGUGGAUAAGCAGCAGCCACUUUAUGUGUCCAGACCAAACAAUUUUCCAAAUCACGCACAAGAUGAUUGGUUGGAAGAAAGUGAAGAUGAAGAUGAUUAUAGGUCUCAAAACUCUUCAGCAAAAGUUUGUGGCUUAUUUCAUCAGUUUUUGCUUAAAAGUUCCUUCUGCCUUUUGAACCCAGUACCAGGGAUGAAAAUUCAGGCUCAGAAACCGGCGAAACCAGCCCACUCUGUUCGUAGAAGACAGGCUAAAUCCUCAUAUUUAAGAUCUGGCAAUGAAACUGAAAACGAGUAUGCCAAGGCUGCUACAGAGAAAGGCUUAACUGGUAUAUCUCGAACAGAAGAGCUAAUUGAAGAUAAGAAUAAUCUAAAGAGUGGAUCUAUCCAUAUGAGUUAUAGGAGUGAUUGUCAGAAUCCGGAUGGAGCAUCUCUGUUCAGGCAUUUGCAGGGUAAUGUUGUAUCAUCCUACCCUAGUCAAAUUUCCCAGUUGGUCCAUCGAGAAAAAAGGUUUCUUGGUACUCCUGAAACAGCUAAAAAUUAUGGGGUUAGUAGCAUUGAUCUGCAUAAAAAAGGAAGCAACAAUUUUCAAGAAUUACUGGCCCUCCAGAGUAACAAUCUGGAAUCAGGCUUAGACAGCCCUGCGGCUGAGAAAACUCUUUAUGUAGAUUCUGUACACAAGGUAAUAUCCACCAAUUCAUAUUUUUCAGCUACCAAGACAGCUCAAGGCAUGGAGGGUGAUUCUGAGAUUGUAGUUAAACCUGGGAAAGUGGAGGAGACUCCUUCAGUAGAUUCUUUGUUACAGGAUAUCAAGCACUUGAAUUGCGUGGUUGAUGAUAAGGUGAUAGUGCAGCAUAAAAGCUUGGAGUCUGUGGAUUCAUAUUCCCUGUUUUCUUCUGAAAAAAAUGCUCCUGAGAUGGAAUUGGAUGCAACAAACGGUUCCAGAAGGGAUCAAGAUUUGAUUAAGGAUUCUAGUAAAUUGACAAGCCUAAAUGUGACCCACAACAAAAAGGAUGAUAUGGACAGCCAACUGCACUUUAAAUUAAGUUGUCGAGAAACUUCUCAUGGUCUCGUACAGGACUCUAUUACAUUAACAAAAUCAAACGUAGCCGGCCGUAGAAAGAUUGGUUUAGAAAGUCACCAGCAAAAGAAAUCAAGUAACCAGGAAAGUUCUCAUGGCAGCUACUCAAAACUUCCUCUUGCCCCACCUUUACCAAAAGCUCCAUCAGAGUCUUGGUUAAAGCGCACCUUGCCCACUGUUUGCUCGAGGAAUUCAUCUUCACGGUCUUGUCUUGCUGCAUGUAACUAUAGUGGAACUCAGGCCUCGUCUGCUCCCUCUAGUGAUCCCAAGUGGGAAAGCAUUGUUCGAUCUUCUAAUGUACAUCAUGGCCAUUUGCGGUUUUCUGAGGAGCAACUUCCUCCAGUACCCGAAGCCUAGAAGUACAAAGACUUAGAGUCAGCAGGCUCAGCCAUUCGCUAUGGUUGGAUCCAUUGUUUUAAUGGGUUUAUGGAUGCAGAAAGAUACCUUAAAUCCCCUUUCAAAAGUUUUCUCUACGGAUGCUCUCGGUACGUAAUGGAAAGCUGUAAAAGUGUAAAUCAACAUUUCCAUUAUCACACUGAAAUAAGAAGCUACGGUUGUAAUUUCUUGUAAAUCACAUCAAUUAGUUCAUUGAGUAUAUAGAUAUAGGUCCAAUAAUCCUGUAUUUUGAUUCUUUUGUAAACGAAUUCGGGAGCUUUUUCCUCUUAUUUGCAAUAAUAGGAGAAAAAUGGUUUAUACUA